AUGAAUGUGACAGCAGAUCAAUUUAGAACCACGGACACUUACCAGGAAGCUUUUGCAAAAAACAUUGUUAUUGUCUCUCUUGCUCUAAUCAUUAAUGGCAUAAAUGGAAUGUUGGUGGUCAUAUUUGUCCGCAACCCUGUAUUUCACAAAGACCCUAGAUAUAUUUUAUACAUUAACCUUGUCAUCAAUGACAUUCUCAUGAUUUGCAUAUCAGUUACUUUGUAUGUUUUGACUUAUGCAUGGCCUUACGUGAACGUUUCUUUUUGUUUCCUGCUAAUGGCAAUAGGUUCAACUACUCAUAUGAACACUCCUGUGAUUUUGGCUGGCAUGGCAAUAGAACGUUACAUUGCUGUCUGUAAACCAUUGCAUCACUCUCAGAUCUGCACACUGAAUAGGACCUACAUCCUCAUUUGUGUGAUAUGGGGUAUUGGAGCUAUUCCUGCAGUAAUUGAUGUUAUUAUUGUCAUUGCAUUGCAACCCAGUUCUUAUUUUAACUCUCUUACCUACUGCCAGCCAAUUAUUGUAUACAACUCAAAGUAUCAUAUGCAAAAGACCAUUGGUGCACAGACCAUUUACAUGCCUAUUGUGUGGAUAACCCUGUUCUAUACUUACUUCAGAGUUCUUUUUACAGCCAAAGUAGCCUCAUCUGUCCAUCAUCAAAGUUCAGCUAAAAAGGCGCGCAAUACAAUCCUGUUACAUGGUGGUCAGUUACUUCUCUGCAUGUUGUCUUACGUAACCCCUGUAUUGGAUCUGAUGCUUAUUCCAUUUUUCCCAUCUCAUCGAACUAAAAUCACCUUCUUUAAUUAUCUGCUCACAAACAUUGUGCCAAGACUCCUGAGUCCUCUGAUUUAUGGAGUUCGAGACCAGAAAUUUGUGAGUCAUAUCAAACGCUAUUUUUCUUGUGAACUGGUUAUUGUAAAGGUUGCAGCUUAG